AUGACAUCCAAUGAGAAAUUUGAGAAAAUUGCAAAAGAAAUAAUGUCAUCAACAAUAAAGAAAAUAGUUAGAUUUAAAUGUAGUGAUAAACCAGCAAACGAUCCUCGAGAAACAAGUGACCAAGAUCUUACUGAAACUCUUCUUCAAAUUGGAACUAUUCCUGGAGGACCAAAUGAUUUAGAAUAUAUAAUGUGGGGAGAUUCUGGUACUGCUAAUUUCCUUAUUAGUUUAGAAGAUCUUAAAGCAUGCAACUUUACUCGGGUUGGCUAUAUUUGGGAUUGUUAA